AUGGCUGAUUUAGACACGAAAUUGAUCUUCCCAGGAAAGAUUGCCAUCACGAAGCUUCGGCCAGACAUAUUAAUCUUUUCUGAGCAGAGGAAUACAAUAGCACUGAUUGAACUUACAGUUUGUGAUGAAAGCAACAUGCAGACAUCACAUGAGAAAGCUUCUGAAGAUGGUGAACAUCGAACCCUUCGCCUUGCUGCUCAUGCUUCUUCAACUGCUGCUGCAAGAGCUUCCAAGCCCCUGGAAGUGAGACAAGACCGCUUGAACACCAUCGCCCAUCGUAAAGGUCUUCGCAAAGGUGUCAUGAAACCAUGCAGUUCCAGAUGGUUAUUACAGGCGUUCGAUUAUAAGCCAGACAUCGAUUAUUCAUCCUACCCUGAAAUCUCCAUUUCCAAUAUGACACUCAUUUGCUCAUUCUGUUCUGCAAAUAAGUGGCCAGGAGAACCUCCUGCAAUGUGCUGUUCAGGUGGAAAAGUGAAAUUACCCGCUUUGGAGGAUCCCCCACAACCACUGCAGGAGCUUCUUCUGGGAACAACUACUGAUUCAAGACACUUCCUACACAACAUAAGAAAAUAUAACUAUGCUUUUCAAAUGACCUCUUUUGGUGCAAAUAUCAUCCGAAAGGAUGGAUUCAUGCCUACAUUUAAAGUCCAGGGUCAGGUUUACCACAGGAUAGGACCUCUUCAAUGUGAUACCAUCCAAGAGCCGCAGUUUCUUCAACUAUACUUCGUUUGCAGCUACCAAGAACAGGCGGCAAAACGAAAUAACAUAUCACCUGGGACUAACUUCCAACUGAUAUUGCAGCUACAGGAAAUGCUUCAUGAAACAAAUAGUUAUGUUAAGAGUUUCAAGUAUGCUUUAGAGAUAGCGUCAGGCCUCAAUUUCAAUGUUGUCAUAGAUGCUGAUAAACGUCCAUUUGGUGAGCAUGCAGGCCGGUAUAAUCAACCAUCUUGUAAUGAAGUCGCCAUUGUUCUUCAAGGUGAACCCUCUAAUCCAAGGUAUAUUGUUUUGUCAUGCCGCGAUAACAGCAUCCAACAAAUACAUGAAUCUCAUAGGGCAUACGAUGCCCUCCAGUACCCCUUGUUAUUCGUUUACGGUGAGGAAGGGUACCAUUUCGGUAUUCCUCAACAUCAUCCACAAAGACCAGACGAAUGUACCAGCAAAAACGUUUCAUGCAUGGAAUUCUAUUCAUAUCGCCUUAUGACUCGAGGAAACUCAAUGAAUCAUCUCCAUUGUUCACGUGACCUGUUCUAUCAAUUUGUUGUGGAUAUCUACACCAAGAUGGAGUCUGAAAGGUGUUUCGUUCACCAUAAUCAAAAAAAGCUAAGGUCUGAGAAUUAUAUCCACCUUCAGGAUGGCAUAAUCAAUGACGUCUUGCUUCAAGAUAUUGGACAGGUUUGCAUUUUACCUUCUUCAUUUACCGGGGGUCCGCGGUAUAUGCAUGAGAGAAGGCAAGAUGCCAUGACAUUUGUAUGUCAUUUUGGUCGCCUGGAUUUAUUCAUAACCUUUACUUGCAACCCCAAGUGGAUUGAAUUAUUAAACAGUCAGAGGCCCACUGACAGGCACGAUCUUCUUGCCAGAGUUUUUCGGUUGAAGCUACAGAAACUCAUGGAUUUGAUCAAGAGAGGACAGAUAUUCGGAAGUGUCAAAUGCGACAUGUAUACUGUUGAGUGGCAAAAAAGAGGUCUUCCGCAUGCCCAUAUUCUCUUAUGGUUGUCCUCAAAAAUCAAUUCAAACAAUAUAGACAGCCUUAUAUCAGCAGAACUGCCUGAUCCAGCGGUAGACCCAGAUCUUUUUCAGAUAGUACGCUCAAACAUGAUUCACAGACCUUUUGGGUAUGGAUUUAACAUCCAUUCACCAUGCUUCAGAGAUUCGAAAUGCACGAAAGGGUUUCCCAAGAAGUUCAAGCUUCAUACUCAGAUGGGCAAUGAUAGCUACCCCCUAUACAGGCGAAGGCGUCCUGAAGACAGUGGGCUCAUGGUUAAGGUAGAGCACCACAAAGUAGACAACAGAUGGAUUGUGCAAUUUUGCCCGCUUCUGUCCAAAGCGUUUAACGCUCAUAUCAACGUAGAGUUUUGCAGUUCAAUCAAGACUACCAAAUAUGUCUGCAAAUAUAUAAAUAAAGGGACAGAUGCAGCUACGUUCUCUCUGCAGCAAGAUGGUAACCGAGACGAGGUAGCACAAUACCAAGUCAGCAGAUAUAUAAGCAGCAAUGAAGCAUUCUGGAGAAUUUUCGGAUUUCCUUUACAUCAAAGGCAUCCGCUUAUUCAACAGCUCGCAAUCCACCUUGAGAAUGGUCAACGCAUUUACUUCACGCCUUCAACUGCUGCAACUGUUGUCGAAUACCUGAAAGACACUACCCUAACUGCCUUUUUCAAGCUAUGUAACGUAGAUACAUUUGCUGAAACAUUGCUCUACCAUCAAGUAUCAUCAUACUACACUUGGAACAACAAUACAUGGAAGCAUAGGAUAGGCAGGCAGGUUAAUGGCUUCCCCACUAUGAAGUUUGACACUUGCCUCGGCAGGGUAUAUACCAUUCACCCAAGUCAGCAGGAGUGCUUUUACCUUCAUGAAGUCAGGGGCCCUAAAUCAUUCCAACACCUGAAAACCGUGAACGGCGAGAUCUGUUCCACCUUCAGGGAGGCAUGCCUAAGACAUGGCCUGCUCGAGGACGAUUCAAAGUGGGAUGCAACUCUUGCUGAAGCUUCCAAUUCGCGCUCUGCUAAAAGUCUCAGAGCCCUCUUUGCCAUUCUUUUAUAUAUAUGCGAGGUAUCAGACCCGGUCUCUCUGUGGCUUAGGUAUAGAAAUGACCUUGCUGAAGAAUAUUACCAACUUCAAAAAAGGCAAGUUCCCGAAAUUAAUUCUGCCAAUGAUCAGAUCUACAACUGUGCUUUGAUUGAUAUAGAAAAUAAGAUUGCUUCAUUGGGUGGAACCACUUUGCAAGUGUACAGACUGCCUGCAACUCUUCGUGACAGAUCGAAUUUUACGUCAACCAAGCUCAUUCGUGAAAUGUCCUACAAUGCUGACACUCUUGCCCAAUUCAUACACGAACAUGAGCCGAAGCUCCUACCAGAACAGCAACAAAUUAUAAGCACAGUUGUGGGAAAUGUUCAGAACCAGAAAGGUGGGAUUUUUUUCCUAGAUGCACUUGCAGGCACAGGAAAAACUUUCAUUAUUAAGCUUCUUCUUUCAAAGCUGAGGCUCAAUAAAAUCAUUGCAUUGGCAGUGGCAUCCUCCGGUAUUGCUGCAACUCUCCUACCUGGCGGCAGGACUGCUCAUUCUGCCUUUAAGCUGCCAUUACACUUAGUGAAAUAUGAAAGCCCCUCCUGCAACAUCACCAAAACGUCUGAAAAAGGCAUGCUUUUGCAGAAGUGCCAAUUCAUCGUGUGGGAUGAAUGCCCUAUGGCCCACAGACGAGCUCUAGAAGCCCUCAACACUUCACUCCAAGACAUCAGGGAUUGCACAACUCCUAUGGGAGGUAUAACGCUUCUUCUUUCUGGCGACUUUCGUCAGACACUUCCUGUUAUUCCCAAAGGGACCAGGGCUGAUGAAGUCAGUGCAUGCCUCAAAUCAUCUUUCUUAUAG